UGCGGGAAGGAGAAGGUGGAGUUUGGGCCUUUUGUUUCUGGAGCCCGGAGAGCUGGUCAGACAGGAAGAGCUGAUUUUUCCAACUGCAGCUGUAGGUCUCCGAAGGAGGAGGAGGAGGAGAGGAGGAGCUGAUGCGCUGGAGGCAGAGAGUGGGAAAGAGGCCGAUCGAUCAGGAGGUCAAGAAGCACUAAAGUGACCGUGGUGGUGAAGGUGGCGGCAUCCUUGCAGGCGUGAUGUGAGAGCAGAGAGGACGACACACACACCCCUCCCCGGAGAAGCUUUCCAUGGCCUGAGCCCCUCAAACCGGCAACGGCUACCAUGUGUCGCCUGGAUCACCUGGACUCCAGUGCCACUCAGAAGCUCUUGAUGAAAACCGGCCUCAUCCUGAUCGUGAUCGGCCACUUGAACUUCAUCACAGGGGCUCUGGUGCACGGGACGGUGUUGCGCCACAUUGCCAACCCCCGGGACACCAUUUCUCUGCAGUAUGCCGUUUCCAACAUCAUUACAGCAGUUUCUGCCAUGUUGACCAUCUUCUGUGGCAUAGCCGCCAUCGUGCUGUCCAGAUACGUGUCCCGGAAAUGGCUGAAAUGGACGGUUUUGUCCCUCAGCGUCAGCAGCGUCCUCUUCUCCCUCUUCUGCAUGGCAGGCCUGGCGGUGGCCAUCGUGGUCACUUUUGUGAACAAGGGCCGCACCCUCCUGGCUCUCUGCCCCUUUGAUGUCAAAUCCAACCAGCCUGCCCACGAGUGCCCCUUCGACCCCACCCGGGUUUACAGUUCUGCGCUGGUCCUCUGGGGUAUCUCCUUCUUCCUGGAUACCGUGGAAAUCAUCUUCAGUAUCCGAUGCUUUCUGAUCACAGGUGUCCUCCUCAACAUGAAGCUGUGUUGUCGGGGGACACGCAAGAAGAAGGUCUCUCUACAGUUCACCACCGUGGAGAAGAGCGAAGUCUGCGAGGGCCGGGAUCUCCUGAGGGUGGACCGCACGGAGACCGUGUGGCUUUAGAUGCGCACGGACGCUUGCCGAGAGUGGAGACAGCCCUCAUGGAGGGACCACAAAUGCUUCCACAGCACCUUCCCGGUCGUCCACCUGGGGGGCCCACCGUUGUCCACAGAGGCGGAGCGAUGGGGCCGCUGAAGGCGAUGCCCUGGUCUCUCCCCAGUGGCCUCGCCCCCCCCAAUGGCUCCAACCAGAGCCCCCUCCUGCUUCGCCCUGAAAACCCACCCCAAGGGUGCCUCUCCUGCGGCCACCCUGGGGGCCCUUCUCCCGAGUCCCGCUGGUUGAGACCGGCUCCCGGGGGCCGCUGAAAAGACUCCGUGGCCGCUUGCGUUCAGACAAAAGAGAAAACCUUUUAUUUUCAAGGUAUUCUUAAAAACAAAACAGCCCCACGAUUCCCUCUGCCGACGCCUCCAACAUGCACUCCUGUGAUAAGUGGACUGAACAACUGAAGCUUUGACCGGCACGGUUGGGUGGAGCGGAGCCCUCCUCCGGGGCGCGGGGGCAGCCGUACCCUCGGUCUUUCCUGAGGUAGAGAAGUCACCAGGAGGCGACCGGGAGCUCCCCGGUCAGCCACGAGACCUCCUGCAGACCCACUUGGAGGAGGCAAAGGGGUGGUGGCGGUGGUGGUGGAAGCAUGGAGCCAGAGGUCAAUUGACCGGUACUUUCACGGACUAUGGGGGCAGGGGGGGGAUUUUGGCCGGAGGAGGGCCUGUAACUGUGGAAGGAUUUCAUUUCACUAUGAUUCUUCUUAAAAGGAAUGAGGGGGAAAACUGUACAGAUAAUCACCUUUCCUUUGAAUAACUUGCGGUGAUGUGUUUCAGAAAUUGUAAAUUAAACUGAAUGUUGCUUUCUAAUUAAAUUACCCAGUUAAUGGGUUAAGAAGUAA